AUGGCUGACCAAGUCCCAGCGGUGAACUUCGUCGCUCGCUCUCCACAGACCAGCAACCUGUCCACGAGUGAGGUGAUAGUUUACAAGACAGUGGAAACAAACCAGGGCAACGGCUACAGCUCCACCACGGACAAGUUUACCGCUGCAGUACGAGGACUCUACUUGUUCUUCAUGCACACUUGUGUCCCUGUAGCUAAAUUUGCUUUUCUUCAGAUAAUGAAGGAAGGUUCUGCCCUCAUUGCAAGUUCACAGCACGAAAGCGACUACACUGACUGUUCUAGUAGUCAGGUGUUUGUACAGCUUGAUGCCGGGGAAACGGUCUGGGUACAAUGCUCCCUUGGGAGCUCGAACGUUCAACUGUUUGAAAAUUCUUAUCAUUGGACCAGUUUUGGUGGUGCUAUAAUUUUUACCUGA